GAGCGAAGGGCGUUUCGUUGUCGCCGCCGCCGCUGCCGCCGCCGCCGCCCCCGCCGCCGCCGCCGCCCUCACCCUGGUCAAGAAGAGCGCCUCAGUGGCAAGAAGCGAGCUGCGCGAGGUCGUCGCGGAAUUAGCUGGUGACCCUGCAGGAUGAACCACAAGAGCAAGAAGCGGAUCCGCGAGGCCAAGCGGAGUGCGCGUCCGGAGCUCAAAGACUCGCUGGAUUGGACCCGGCACAACUACUACGAGAGCUUUCCGCUGAACCCGGCGGCCGUGGCGGAUAACGUGGAAAGGGCAGACGCGUUACAGUUGUCCGUGGAAGAAUUCGUGGAGCGAUAUGAAAGACCUUACAAGCCCGUGGUUCUGCUGAAUGCCCAAGAAGGCUGGUCUGCGCAGGAGAAAUGGACUCUGGAGCGCCUAAAAAGGAAAUACCGCAACCAGAAGUUCAAGUGUGGCGAGGAUAACGAUGGCUACUCGGUGAAGAUGAAGAUGAAGUACUACAUCGAGUACAUGGAGAGCACGCGGGAUGACAGCCCCCUUUACAUCUUCGAUAGUAGCUAUGGGGAGCACCCCAAGAGAAGGAAACUUUUGGAAGACUACAAGGUGCCCAAGUUUUUCACCGAUGACCUAUUCCAGUAUGCAGGAGAGAAGCGCAGGCCUCCCUACAGGUGGUUUGUCAUGGGGCCACCACGUUCCGGAACUGGGAUUCACAUUGAUCCUCUGGGAACUAGUGCCUGGAAUGCUUUAGUGCAGGGCCACAAGCGUUGGUGCCUUUUCCCAACUAGCACUCCCCGAGAGCUCAUCAAGGUGACCCGAGAAGAAGGCGGGAACCAGCAAGAUGAAGCCAUUACCUGGUUUAAUGUCAUUUAUCCCCGAACACAGCUUCCAACGUGGCCACCUGAAUUCAAGCCUCUGGAAAUCUUACAGAAGCCAGGAGAGACUGUCUUUGUCCCAGGAGGUUGGUGGCAUGUUGUCCUCAAUCUUGACACCACCAUUGCCAUCACCCAGAACUUUGCCAGCAGCACCAACUUCCCUGUUGUGUGGCACAAGACGAUACAGCACGGGCAGCGGCAGUGCAAGCCACCCCCAGCCACCCCGUGCCACUGUGUCCCAACCCUGACCUGGAGGGACCAGCUCUCGGGGAUCUUGAAGCAGGAACACCCUGAGCUGGCGGUCCUGGCAGACGCCGUUGACCUCCAGGAGUCCACAGGCAUCGCCUCUGACAGUUCCAGUGAUUCCUCCAGUUCCUCCAGCUCCAGCUCCUCCGACUCAGACUCUGAGUGUGAGUCUGGGUCAGAAGGUGAAGGGACAAUGCACCGCAGGAAGAAACGGAGGACAUGCAGCAUGAUGGGCAAUGGGGACACCACCUCCCAGGACGACUGUGUGAGCAAAGAGCGCAGCUCCUCCAGGUGACCACGCACGCACGGCGCUGUCUGUACAGGACACACUCGCGGCGGGGCAGGGCCCAGGGGCAGCCUAUUGCUUCCUGCAGACCAGGGGAGGGCGCCACGCACCAGAGGAGGAGGAUGGCCUCAACGGGACUGUUGCUCAGCACUUGCAACACUUGCUACAGUAGCUUUUCCUAUUCUCCUGGUGUGAGUCAGCAUGGCUUGAUUAUGGGAAAGGCAAGCUCGUGUGGUUGGUGCCAGAGACCCUUUACACUAAUAAAACAAGUCCAUUUUAUAUCUCCAGCACUUUUGCCUUAGAUAAUAGCACAGCCUUCCCUGCUGCUCCUCUCUUGAAGUCCUGGGGCGCACAGUGGCUUCCCUGCUGGAUGCUGAUGGGGGUGUGUAGUACCCCGAAUGAAAUGGGAUACACUCCAAGGAGUUGUCAGGCAGCUUCUAAAGACCCUGGUGCUGGCUUCUUACCUUUUCCCAGUUUGUCAUUGCUAGUUUGGUUGCUCAGGCCAAGCCAGACAACAGAAAACAGCUCAGAUUUUUUAAAAAAAAUUCCACGUUUGUUUUGCUUUGUUUGAAAUAGAAUUUCACUGUGUAGCCCAGGCUGGCCUUGAACUCAAGGCAGUCCUUCUGCCUCAGCCUGCUGAACUUGGGAUUACAGGUGUGUGCCUCUGUGCCCAGCAUACAUCUUUAUUUUUAUUUGCUAUGUCAGUUAAGUUUUGUUUCAGGAAUUUGCUAUGUAGGCUAGACUGUCCUUGAAUUCAGUAUGUAGCUCAGCCUGGCCUUAAACGUGCAGUGAUCCUCUUGCUUCAGCCUCCCUCUUGCGUGCUGUAAUUACAGGUGUGCGCCACCAUGCCUGACUUUUAUUAUCUCAAGCACGACUUGAAAUUUUGAUUGGAUCUCAUUUAGCUGUGCCUCACCUUCAGAAUCUGAGAGCGUCUCUGCCAGAGUUUGCCCUGUGCAGUGUGGAACAGGCGCAUAGUAAAGGUUGGCCCUGCCAUGUGCCUCUGGGGUCCUGUGGUCCCAGAGAACCUGUUUCAUCACCCUGGUGGAGACGCUGAGAGGUGAGGCUGGGGGAAGAGAGUAAAAGGCUGAAGGCUGCAGCGUUCCCAGUGUCUGAAGUCCCGGAGGGCUGCAGGUGGUAGUCACGUUCAGGACCCGUGUUCCUUUCUGUCAUCUUAUCUUUGUCCUGUGUGAUCCAGCUGGAAUGCCAUGGAGGAAGUCAGGAUUGCAUUCAGAGAAGCUGAUGAGCUAGCAUGGACACGUCUCAGCCCCAGUCCCUUUCACAGCCAUGCUUAGGUUUCUCCUCUUGCCUGCCUCUAAGUUGUUUCUGUUAUGUACUUGAUUGAAUCUGUGUCUCAUGUGUGGCCUUACAGUUUGUAGGAAAGGUUUCUAGAGAGCCCUGCCAUCACUUCUGCCUGGGACCCCAGUGCUCUACUGCUAACAUUGCCGUCCAGUGCUGUGGCCAGCUGUGCUGUCUACACGCUGAUGACAGGUGGUUGUACUUUCCUUGGCAGGAUUAGGGACACAUGUGGAGGCCGGGUUCACCCCUGAGCAAAUAAAGAGACUCCCUGAGGUGGCUCUGUGUGAGCUGUUGGCAGCCACUCAACUCAGUUCUCACGUCUUCUGCUCCUACUUUGUCUUCUUUGAAUUGGAUCUUCUUCUCUGGUCCAAGCUCCUGUCUUCGGUCGAUGCUGGUUUUACUGCUUGCUCAGACUAGAUUACCAAGAAGUUUAAACAGUCGGCCAGCUCAGUGAAACGCUGAAGGUCCCAUGAUGUUGGGUAAGAAAGUUCUGUGUCACCUUGUGCAAAACUACCUGGACCCCUGAGGCUGGAGGGGUGUGAUCCCUUCUGCAUCUCACCCUGUCCCUUCCCUCGCUGCUGUUGUAAGGAACAGCAGCGGCUGCACAAGCAGAGACCCUGGUGUGGUGAGUGCGUGCGAAUGGGGGGCGGGGCAGUAGCCACAUGGAAGAAGCAUUGUGAGCGGGCGCUGCUCUCCUGGAUGGCACCAUGCCAAGGAUGCAUACAGAGGUGGAGACAGCUGUGUGCCAGCUGUGCCCAGCACCAACGCCCACUGCUCAGCACUGUUUCAGCGGCCUUCAUCUUUCUCCAUGCUCAGACUACGAAAUUUCAGGGGUGUUUUACGUGGUGCAUUUUGGGGCAGGGGUGACACCUGUUUGCUCACAGAGUGAGAAAGGUACUUGAUGUGCUUUUGUCUCAGAACUUAAGUUAUGAACAGGCCAUGUUCCAGCAGCCGUUUCUCUUGUCUCUGUAAGGGACUUAGCUGUGAGUGUCCUGUGUUUGCUCGACCUGCAGACGUCAAAUGGGCAGCUGGUAUUAACGAAGGAGGGGGUGACGGACGAGUGGUACUUGUCUCUGUGAUCUGUGGAUGCUGUUACAGAGCGCUGGUGGAAAACUUGGGGACUGACCAGUACGUGUACUGUCUUGUCCUCUAGCUUUACCUGCUUGCCUUAAUCUGUCCCUACAUUCACGGAAAAUAGACAGGUGGUCGCUCCCUGGCUCUGGAGUCAUGUGCUUUUGCUCUAGGAGGCAGGUCUUGGUUUGUCUCAGUUCAACUUUCUGCCUCCUGAACACCCAGCCCGGCCUGUGACUGGGUUGGGGAAGCCUCUCCCCCAAAGGCUGCAGCUCUCUGUCAGGCACAGCGUCCUCCCCAACAGCAGCAGACACCCAACACCCAGUGGACCAGGAUGUGCUUGUCUGUGAGUGGGAGGGACCCAAAAGCUGGAGCUCUGGUAGUACCCAAGGGGUUCUUCCUCUCUGUUUUUGUUUCUGAGUGUUCCCCCUUCAAAUGCUGGGGAUGGACCCCAGAGCCUCGAGCAUACCAUGUACCACUGGGUUACUUCCCAGCCCUCGUGAUUUGAGAACUACAUUGCCCAGGCUGGACUGAAGCUUGCCUGACCUCUCCCAUAGCUGGACUAGAGAAAUGCAUCUCCCUGCCCAGCUGCUCCUCCAGCUUUUGAAAAUACUUCUUACCACCUUCACGGAGCUAUUCCACUUCCUCUGAAACUUCAGUCAGAAGAGGGGCCAUUUGCCACCAGGGGACGCAGUGGGACAUGUUGCCAGUGGCCUGACUGAUGAAGCAGGAAUUUGAAACUGAAAGCUCAGCUUUCCGCUUAGUUCUUCAGAUGCUGGAGGUGAUUUCUGAUUGCUGCACACCUACAGGAACGAGUGACCUGGCCUGACAGUGCUGGACAGCACAGAUUAUGUGAUGCUCAUGCCACCCUGUAAAUAAUGGUGGGGUGCCUUAUUUGUUCUGGCCAAGCCAAGGACUCAGCGCUCCACUUUGGAAGCAGGGUGAGGUGGGGGAGCCGGGGCACCAGUUGUGCAGAGCUGUCUUUUCCCACCCCCCUGGCCUGUGCUCCUCCUUUGAAUGGAGUCAGCAGGAGGAAAGAGAAGGAUGCAACGCAAGCCGUUUGCAGGAAUUAUUCUCCAGGAUGGCCACAGUUCUAAAUCCCCACAAGCUUCAUGUUGGGAAGGAGGGUUGGAAUGCUGGGGAGGAGUGACGUGAGUAGGACCCCAGGCAUCUAGCUCCCUAGAUGGAAAUGCAGCCCCUUCAGCCCAGGAGAAGCCAGUGCCUCUGUGUAAGUGGCUUUGGAGUUGUCAGUGGUCUGAGGAUACCGAGGCCAAGGUUGUCACGAGGAGCCCCUGAAGCAAGAGCACCACUCACGUUCUCAUUCUGUUCUUGCACUGCCCACUGCUUAGUAAUCCAAGCAUCUAGCAAAAGUUCCAGUGCCAUCCAGAUGUGGUGCACACUUGUAAUCCCAGCCCUUUUAGAAGGCUGAGGCAGGAGGAUCACUGUGAGUUCAAGUACAGCCUGGUCUACAUAGGAAAUUCAAGGCCAAUCUGACCCUGAAACGGUCUCAAAAAAAUGUUUGAGUGCCAGAACUGCUUUGGGUGCAGGAGAUAUGGCAGGGACAAGCCAGGGUCCCUACCUCACGCCUGCUGGGCAGUGACUGCUGUCAUCCAUAAGUGUAGGAGACGAGGAUGCAUCUCACAACCCUCACCAAACACGGACCCAGUUCUUCACGAAGAGACAUGGCUCACCCUGUUGGAGUGUGCUAGGUAUGCACGUGGUUUCUUUGUAGAGGAGCUAGAGGCCCUUACAGAAAAGCUCACAGCAAGUUGCCAGGGUGCUGUGCACACCCAGACCCCAGCCUUGAACUUCGGACUCAUGGAGCUGGAGGCAGUGCUGCAGUGCUGACCAGAAGGGAGCCAUGAGCACACGACUAUAGGGUCUGUAGCUGCUCUGUGCGUAGCUUUCCCCAGGCAAGCAGCUAGGACAUGUGUGCACUGCAGUGGGUUCAGGGUGGGUCAGGCCUCUCCCUCCUGACUCUUAUCAAGAUGUCCUGUUGAUGUGACAUUGUUUUCCACAAAACCAGGUGAGAUUAAGUAUAGGCCCCUGGCGUUAGCUCUCAGAUUUGUCUCAUGGUUAGAUCAAAAAUUUGAAUCACCAAGGUGUCCUGCGGCCACCGCCAUCUCCCCCAGAUGCCAGCACCGGCUCCUUGGUGACAGACUCUACAGAACUUGCCUCCUGUGGUUGUCCAACAGAACACCUCGCAGUCUUGUUCUGUGUCUCUCGUGCUGUGGCGUCUGCCUUGAAAUGCUUGUGGAGUCUGCCCUUGAGUUGGCAUUUUUAACUUUUACGUAGAUGAAACUUGUUCAUUUUAAAUAAAGCAACUGGAUUUGGGGUUGUGUUUUCUGUA